AUGAAUAUCUUCCGGAUUGGUGCCGAUUCGAUCCAUCUCUUGGGGAUGAUCACCAUUGUUUAUGAUAUAAUACAUAAACGGAAUUGUACUGGUAUAUCCGGAAUCACCCAAAUCCUCUAUGCACAGGUGUUUAUGAGUCGUUACACAGAUUUGCUACUCUACUAUGUAUCAAUUUACAAUACAUUUAUGAAGAUCACUUAUAUCCUCAUGACUUUUAUUGCCAUAAUCCUGAUUUUUGUGGUAUUCAGAAAGUCAUAUGAUAGGAAAAAUGAUAGUAUUUUUCAUUUACUAUGGACAUUUCCUGCAGCCUUAUUGGCGUUUAAAUAUAACUCUAUAAGUAUCUCGGAUGUCCGUUCGUAUGAUGAUUUAUCUUAUUAUACUGAGAUCCUAUGGUCUUCCAGCAUCUACCUAGAAGUGGUGGCGAUAGUACCUCAAUACGUCAUGUUUAGAAAAACCAAAAAUGCCAGAUGCCUUUACUAUGUAGCUAUGCUCUGUACCUACAGAUCGCUUUACAUAGCAAAUUGGAUCGUUCGCUAUUUUGAAGAAAACCGUUACAGUUCAAUAGCGACAGUCUCUGGAGUUAUUCAAGCAAUAAUAUUGAUCAUUGUUAUAAUUGAUAUUGAACUAAAUAAGGAAAAACCUAAUCCGGGUAAAUGGCGAGAAAUUCAGGACGUGUUCACUGUUGAAGCUGCCAAGCUUGCUCAACCAACGAAAGUGAAGAUUCAAUAUCCAAAUAAUGAACAAUUUGGUGGACAAGAGAAUCAAGGGUUGAUUUAUUAA